AUGGUGCAGAAAAGUGCUUGGCAAAUGCUGAUCCUGCUCCUCCUCGCCGUGUUUUCCACCAUCCAGGCAGAUCGACAAUGGAGUGCUGGAGUUGGCCUUUGGGGAAAAAGAUCCUAUGUAAGCGGAGAUUACAAGAAGAACUUUACUUUUUAUUUCAAAAAUUUUAAUUAUAAUAUUUCUUACGAUCAUCUGAUUUCAGCCGCUUCUACGGAAACGAUCGCCUGAUUUUAACCCUAAUGGAGAAGCAGGGCUCUGGGACAAAAGAGCACAAUGGCAAGCUGCCAACGGACUCUGGGGAAAACGGUAAGAUUUCUUACUCGUCUUUUCUAACGUCAUUACAAGCCUAUGAGUUAUGCAAAGGACGCGCUUUCCACUGUUCGCAAAUAGGAUAAGCUGUAGAAAGGUACCCAAGAGGGAAGGUGCCAAAAUUGGCAAGCACUCUGCUAGUGAGAAGUUCUUUGCAGACAGCAUAGUUUUUUCAAAACAAAAAUAGUGUCGUUAUGAAAACAACAAAAUUAACUGAUACACCCUAUAAAUUCAUCAAAAAAAAAGAACCAUUACUACAUAGUAUAACAUCUGAAAUUUAAUAUCGCUCGUUUCAGGUCAGUACCUCCAGUUCCUCAAUACGUACCGUGGAAUUAA